UCUCUCUCUCUUUCUCUGCAAAAUCAAUUUCAAUUUCAAUGUCUCUCUCUCAGACUCUCACGAUAAGUGACAACAUUAGACGUUGAAUUGAAUUUUGAUGGCGCAACAAUCGUCACCUCCACGGCGGCAAACUCCUCCGCCAUCGCAGUACCUGGAGGUCAACUGCAGAAGCUCCGGCAAGAUACGGCGGUUUGCGGCGGGCACCGGCGCGGGGUUUGCGGUGGCGCUGAUCAAUCGGAAGCUGAAGGGAACGGUGGUGGCUGCGUCGCACAUAGAAGCAGUGAAGGAUGGGAAAGAAGAAGAACCAAUCGCUUUUGGCCCCACUUCGCUUCUUUCUAACUUCGGCGAAGGUUGGAAACUCCAAACUGUUACCCUCACUGAUCUUUCUUCAGAAGUGGGGAAUGGACAAUUUCAACAGAUGGCAAUGCAGAAACCAGGACUAGUUCCAGGUGUCCCAGGUCCUGCAAGGGUGUCCAAUCCAAUCAGCUUUGUAUAUCUUGUUAAAAUAAUGUUUGCUUUUAUUUUGAUUUUUGUACUUGUUGCAAUUUUUACUUUGUUUCUCGAUAACCUUCCUGCAUUCAUAUUGUUUCUUAAGUCAAUAACCUAGUGUCUUUUUGCUUGAAAUUUAUAUAUGCAUAAAUAAAUUGUUAUUAAAUAUAUAGCCUUUCUGUUAAGGACUAGAAUUCAAACUAUGGCAGACACUGAACUGUGAGAGCAUUGUGUCUCUCUUGAACAUUUCAAUAUUUCAUAUUUUAGCUGCACACAGAA